AUGAGUUCUAAUGAGGUGCCUAGUAAUGAGAAUGGCGAUGAUAAAUCGUCGAUGCCUUCUACUCCGACUACAACCGGUGAAUACAAUCGUACAUUUUCACAAGAUUUACGUCAUCUUGAUGAUGCUCUUACAUACGCCAUUGAUCAAUUGACAGUGUUUAAUCGUGAAAUUAUGUCUGAUCUAUCUCUGAAAUAUGAAUUAAUGCGUACCAACGAAAGUCGUGUAAUUGGUUUUUUCGCUCGUCAACAAUUAAUGUUAUCACAAUUGCCAAAAACCAAUAAUCAAAAUGGUGGAUUUCAUAGUGAAUAUUCCAAACUUGAUCGAUUUUUAUCUGUAAUUAAUCUCAAUAAAAAAUCGAUUGAAUAUAUUGCAAAACGUAUGACAUUUGAUGAUUUAUUAAAUGGAAAAGCUACUAUCCGUGAAAAACUCUUAUACGAUGCUGAAACUACAGAAGCUGAACGAAAAGAUUUUCGUAAUGCACUUAAUGCAUUAAAAGACUGUAUUGAUUAUUUUUCUCAUGGUGGUACUAAUGAUAAUGGACGUUUCUAUUGGCAUAUUGAAACACCACCCCCAACAACAGUUACACCUUAUUCUAUUCGUCAACAUCGUUUGUCAGAUACUGCACUAUCAGUACCACUCAACACAGAUUCAGGACGAUCACCAUCUGUAUCUUUAUCUCUUUCGACUGAAUUUGGAGCUGUAAAAAACAAUAACAAUCAAACAACAAUAACAUCAUUACCACCUGUAACACGAAAUAAUUUCACUCAUAUGCCUCCACCAUCUCGUUCCACUCAUUUAUAUGUUAAUGGUAAAGGAAAAUGUGAACAUCCAAGUAAGAAAAGUUCUGUUGAUCCAUCAAUAUUUGCAAAUGUUAAUCCAUCACGUAGUAUAGAUCUACAGAUACCUGAUGGUGGUUCAGCAUCUCGUCGAAGUUCUUAUGGUUCUGAUACAGAAAGUCAAUUGCCAUCUGAAUUUGAGCACAGUCUUAAGAAUGAAACACUCAAUCUUUCUCAUAAUUUGGCUGCACGUAAGAUUGCUAUGGCUUCAUAUAAGAAUUACUAUCAUUCAAAUUCAAUGCCAUCAUCAAUAAUGAAACAACAAACAAGAUUAGAUUUUAUUGGAAAAAUUAUAAAUAGUAAUAUACAGUUAAAUUCAGAUAAUAAUAUAAAUGAUGAAAAUAAAAUUAUAUCAAAACCUACAAAAAAACGAUUUUGGGAUAGAUCUUUUUCUAAAGAUGGUACAGCAACACCUAAUUCACCAACUAUACGUUCACCUACAAUGCCCGGUUCACCAAUGGGUUCAGCAUGUAAUAGCGAUACUGAAAAUGAUCCAAAAACCUCAAGUAUCCCCAUUUACAAUAUUCAUUCUCCUAUACUCGGACAUCGAAUGGCACAUAAAAUUCAACACAAGUUUGACAGGACACGAGUAUUCAAAUUUUCCUUUUGUGACGUCUGUAAGAGACAGGUGUUUCGAGGAAAAGCAUGUCUUCAUUGCAAAUACAAAUGCCAUAAAGAAUGUGUUUCAAAUGCUCCGGCUAAUUGUGGUUUUAGUGAAGGAAAAUUUCGACAAGUUAUCGAUAAUACUGAUAUUCAAAAUGCUUUUGUUAAUUCCAGCCCAUCAACACGAAAAUAUCAUUUUACUCCGUCUGAUAGCACAAGUCCAACACCAUCGACUCCAAUCUCAGCUCCUGGAUCACCUGCACCACAUCCAUUAAUUCCUGGUUAUAAUUUUACUUCUUCAACAUUAAAUGGCAAUCCAUCGAUAUGUGUUAGUGAAUCGAUUUAUUGCAAAAAUCCUGAAUCUCAAUCCGAUUGUGAUACGAAUUCAACAAUUCACACAGAUCCUGGAACCAAUGUGACAGAUCUACCUCAGACACCACAUAGUAAACUUGUACAACAAUCAUCAUAUAGUGAACCCGUACAUCCUAGCCGAGAAGAUUUUAAAUCAAAACUUGCAAUUUCAUUUGAUGAUGAUGAUGUAGUUGAUCCAGAAAAACGAAGUAUUAAUCUUUCAACGUCAAUACAAGAUUGGGUAAUUGUAUUUAAUAAUAUAAAAAUGAUUGAAGAAGUACGACGAUCAUCUGGAACAUUAAUGAAAGCUCAUUGGCACGGAGAACUUGCUGUAAGAAUAAUAAAACCUGAUCCUAAAAUAAGUGAAGUUGAAUUUUUAAAUCAAUUUAAAAACCAAAUAUUUCGAUUAAGAAAAGUUCGACAUGAACAUUUAAAUCUAUACACAGGUGUUUGUAUUGAAAAUCCUAAUUUUGCAAUUGCUUCAAAUUGGAUUCGUGGUGCAACUCUAUUUGAAAUGAUUCAUAUACGUAAUGAUUUAAUUCCGCUCAAUUUAGCUGUAAAUUAUGCUGCUCAAAUAGCUCAAGCCAUGAGUUAUUUACAUGAAAAAUCUAUAAAUCAUAUGUCUUUACGUACAUCAAAUAUAUUUGUACAAAAUAAUCGAAUUAUUUUAACUGAUUAUGGUUUAAUACCAUUGAGUAAAUGUUAUCGAUAUACAACUCAUCCAGCUAUAAUAGCACCACGUGGAUGGCUUAGUUAUUUAGCACCAGAAAUAAUACGUAAACUCGAUCCACGUCAUGAACAAACACUUUUACAACAUACACCUCAAACAGAUGUUUAUGCAUUUGGAACCGUUUGGUAUGAGCUUCUAUUUCGAGAAUUUCCAUUUUCAAAACAACCACCAGAAUAUAUUAUAUGGAGAGCAGGAAACUCACUCAAACAACCAUUGAGUAGUGUUCAUAUUAGUAAAAAUGCUAAAGAUAUUAUUAAUCAAUGUUGGUCAUUUGUACCAGAUGAUCGUCCGGAUUUUGCAAUGUUAUGUAAAUCUCUAACAAAAAUGCCAGGUAAACGAACAUUAGUUCGAUCUCCGUCAACACCACUUCAGUAUCAUGGACAUCAAAUAUCAAACCAUCAUUUUAGUUAA